AUGCCGGUCCACAUCAGAACAUAUGACAGGACGGAAGAUCCUGAAGACCAUCUUCAGAUCUUUAUCGGUGCCGCGAGAAUUGAGAAAUGGUCAAAUGCUGAAUGUUGCUUGAUGUUCAUGCAAACCCUUGUGGGAUCAGCAAGAAUCUGGUUCAAUGAUUUACCUUCUCGAAGCAUUCGAAGCUUUGACGAUCUUAGCAAGGGGUUCUUAGCCAAUUUCUCCCAACAAAGGCGAUAUGUCAAAGAUGCUACAGUGAUCUUCCAGAUCAAGCAAAGAGAUGACGAAAGCCUUCGAGAAUUCAUAGAGAGAUACAAGAAGGAAGGUCUAACUUAUGUGGGGGUAGACGAGAAAAUGAGGGUGGCCGGUUUUAUGAACGCCAUCACAUCCAAGUACCUCACAAGGGAUUUCAACAAAUCCCUCCCCAAGACCUUGGAAGAAGCUCUUGAAAGGGCUGAGGCCCACAUUCGAGGAGAAGAGGCUGUGGAUGUCAAAGAACAAAGGAAGAGAGGGUCCAGCUGA